AUGGCGAUUCAAAACAUUUUGCUGCAGACGUUCAGUUCUUUUUCAAUAUUUGGGGCUCUAAUACUUUCGCUGCUCAUUUAUUUGAUCGUUUUAUUCACUACAAGUUCUGGAGAGUCCAGGAAGGAACCACCAGGACCCACACCUCUUCCUAUAUUAGGAAACCUGCUGCAGCUUGAUCUAAAGAAACCCUACAACACGUUGAUGGAGUUCUCUAAAAAAUAUGGAUCAGUCUUCACUGUGUAUCUUGGACCCAAAAAAGUUGUGGUCCUGGCAGGAUACAAGACGGUGAGGGAGGCACUUGUUACCUACGAUGAGGAGUUUGGCGAAAGAGAUGUGAUGCAAAUUUUGGAUGACCUCAACCAAGGACACGGUGUGAUAUGGACCAAUGGUGACACGUGGAGAGAGUUACGUCGCUUUUCAUUAACCAACUUGAGAGACUUUGGAAUGGGCAGGAAGGCAUGUGAGGACAAAAUCACAGAGGAAUGUCACCAUCUCAUUGAAGUUUUGAAAAAUCACAAAGGAGAAGCUUUUGAUACAACCCAGUCCUUGAACUAUGCAGUCUCUAACAUCAUCUCAUCCAUGAUCUAUGGAAGGAGAUUUGAAUACGAUGAUCUGGAAUUUACAUCAAUGGUAGAUCGAAUGAACACAUGGGCUAAAAUGCUCAACUCACCUUCAAUCCAGGUAUGA